GGCGUGGGGCCAGCACAACUGCCAGCACAAAGAGGAUGCUGGAGUCCUGUGCUCAGAGUUCCUGGCGCUGCGGCUGGCGAACGGCAGCGGCUGUGCCGGGCGGCUGGAAGUCUUCUACAACGGGACGUGGGGCAGCGUGUGCUCCAACCACAUGUCCCAGCUCACAGCCACCACUGUCUGCAAGCACCUCCGCUGCGGGGACGGCGGGGAGAUCGCAAGGGACUUCAGGUACGGCAGAGGCUCCGGGCCCACGUGGCUGGACCACGUCGAGUGUUCUGAGAAGCACAGCUCCCUCUGGCAGUGCCAGUCAGACCCCUGGGAUCCUCAGUCCUGCGACAACCGAGCGGAGGAGACCCACAUUUCUUGCACUGACAGGGAGAAGUUACGAGUCAUAGGAGGAGAGGAUGGAUGUUCAGGCAGAGUGGAGAUCUGGCACGAAGGUUCUUGGGGAACAGUCUGUGAUGAUUCCUGGGACAUGGACGAUGCCAAGGUUGUAUGCAGGCAGCUGGGUUGUGGAGCUGCUGUGUCUGCUCUGAGUGAAGCUGCCUUUGGGGAAGGGACCGGUCCCAUCUGGUUGGAGAAGGUGGACUGUAAAGGAACAGAGAUGUCUCUUUGGCACUGUUCUGUCAAGCUCUUGUUCAGCACAAACUGCAAUCAUAAGGAAGAUGCUGCUGUGGAAUGCUCUGAUAUGAUAGAAACAACAACAUCUCCCACUGCAGCAGAGCCGCCCCGGCGCCCCGCAGCCGCCAGCUCCAGGCUCUCGGCGCCCAUCGUCCUCUGCAUCGUCCUGGGGGCCCUCCUCUGCCUGGCCCUCGCCCUCCUCCUGGGACAGCUCUGGAGCGCCAGGGCACAGCAGAGAGGCUCCAGGCUGUCCCCCGACCCCUUCGCUGAGGCUGUCUACGAGGAGAUCGACUACAGCCUGAUGGAUGCAAAGCAGGCCAGGACUGGCCUCUCGGAUUCUUAUUCAGAGAGCUCAAAAAUAAAGGCACAGUUUUAUAGUGGGGACAGUGAUGAAGAAAAUGGUCCUGGAGCAACUCAAGAGGUCUCUCAGCUGUCUGGACAUGCCCUGGAAGAUGGUUAUGAUGAUGUGACAGAAGUUCCUGGACCUAAAGAUGCUUCUUUUUCUGGGCAAAAUGAACAUAAAAUCAUUGUGAUCCCCGAAGAAAACAACAGCAGCAAGGAUUCACAGGCAGACUGGAGUCCCAGUGUGUCAGGGAAGAGGCCGGCCGAGGCUGGGAGGCACUCACCCCCUGCCCCGGGAGACACGGGCUACGACGACGCGGAGGAGCUGGGACACCCAUAG